AUGGCCGCGACCGCGAAGGCUUAUAUUUCCGCUUCUUCAGCAGAACAAAGCAUUAGCUGUCUCUCCAUGAACGUCCUUUCUCCAGAUCCGCGCCCUCGCCUCCCCUUCACAGAUGAUGGCCCUGGGAAGCUCUCGAUCUCCGGUCCGCGCCACGACAACGAUCAUGAAGACUACAGAAAGAUCAAAAUCCUCCCAACUGCCGAUGAAAUCCUCGCCGUCUAUCGACCAACGUUCAUGCCCAAGAAAGAUCUCUACACACCACACUUCCUGGAAAACGGGCCUGGCAGGCUAUUGGAUACCCUUUUCAGGCAACUUCGAUAUGACAGCAUUGAAAGCAUUCGAGAUAUUUGCUACUCAGCCUCACAAGUCGCCUUCCUGAGCACCGGUACCGCUCCUGAAGAUCAUGUUGUCCGUCGCGAGACCAUGUCUGGCAACCGGUAUUUCCUUUACAACAAUAUUAAAGUCGAAGAAUUGCUUUCCCAUGAGCAGAUGGCGAUGACGGUCCGUGUCAGUUACGACUGCCCUCCAUUCAUGAGGGCGCAGAAGCUCUACCACUCCGGCCGUUUUCAAAACGGCAUGCUUGUUGCGUUGCUACAACUGGACCAUGCCACCAUGAAGUUGGCUGUCUACUUCCUCGAGGUUCAUCAAGCUCAAACCACCUUUUCUAUGGAAUGUUUUGGCGGACGUGGCACUCGAGCAGCAGUCCAGCUCUCUUUCCUCCCAACAACCACCCCCGAUGACGUCCUUCAACUCUGCCGCCAUGCACUGGGUCUUUGCGGAGGAAGCGAACUCUACCUCAUAGAAUUCCCCAAGGCUCUCUUCGCCGGACUUUACAACUGUCUCAGGCGGCUGCAACAGAUGAGAGAGUCAGACUUUGCUUUCAAGAGCUAUGUCGCUCCUGAUAAGCAUCCCACCGAGGCCUAUUCUGCCGCACAGCUGCACUCUAUCGCCGGCAUCCCCUCCCAGUUCCCAUGUCCCCCUCCUUAUGCCCUCUCAUCAGAUUUCUCAUACAAUCUCACGAAGCUUGUCCCACCGACAUGCCCAAUUGCCUCUGCAUCGGUAAAGGAAUUGUCGCGCCCCUCCACUCUAGAGAUCUUCAACCGCGAAACCACUCUGGAUGAAGGUCAAGCGGUAGCCUUCAGAGACAGUCUCCUGCGGGAGUUUGCAUGCACACAAGGUCCACCUGGAUGCGGCAAAACUUUUCUUGGUGUCCAGCUGGCCAAGACGCUUCUCGACUCCCGCCCGUCACAGAAACCUAUCCUGCUGGUGUGUCUCACGAAUCAUGCCCUGGACAGUUUUCUUGCCGACCUGCGAGAUGCUGGUGUCUCCAAUCUACUUCGAGUCGGUUCCGCUAGCAAGGAAGCCUGGACGGGGGCAAUCAAUCUCCGCAACUUGCGACGAAAGACACGAUUGACUAAAGAGGAGUCCCAAAUGCUGCAUGCCCAUGACCUCCAGAAGAAGCUGCUAUUUGCAGAGCUCGAUUCAUUGUGCAAAGCACUUUCUUGCCAAACGCACACUGCGACCUCUCCUUGGCACUAUAUUGAGGACGUUCUACGCAUUAAAUACCCCAAUAUACAUUCUCAGUUCUCGACCAAUUCUCGCGUCUCGCUUGCGCAUUCCUUUACCUUUGAAUACUGGUCAGAAGGCGGAGACUUGAAGACCAUUCGGGAUUUACACCUUGAACUCGCUCAGAGGUUGGCCCAAACCUCGAACGACGGUGCUAAGCCUACCCAAGAACAUGUAGAUGGAACACUUCUUGACAUAUCUUACCAUGCCGAGCUCCAAAGUGCAAACGCUGGAACGUCCAGCGUCUGGAACCUGCCUUUGAACGAGCGUCAACUUAUGCUUCGGCGCUGGGAAGCGGAGGUAGACAAAGAAAAGUUUGCGAACAAGAUAGCCUCACUGUACUCUGAAUUGCAAGGAUUCACAGACAAAAUCAAGACAAUCAACGAUGGGCGCGAUGGGCGAGUCAUGUCGUCUCACAAUAUCAUCGCGAUGACCACCACUGCAUGCGCCGCCCGCUGGGAGCUUUUGCGAUCACUUGAUCUCGAGAUCCUCAUCUGUGAAGAAGCUGCGGAAGUCAUGGAGGCACAUGCACUGUGUACUUUGCUCCCUUCAUUACAACAUGCAAUCUUCAUUGGCGAUCCCCAGCAGUUGCGGCCUGAGACAAAUGAACAGACCUUAAGUCUCGAGACUUCAAUUGGGAGUGACUAUCGAUUGGAUGAGUCUUUGCUGGAGCGAAUGAUGUUCCCUCAUGAUCGGUCGGCAUCGAUAAUACCAUCAAGUCACUUGAGGGUCCAACGCCGCAUGCAUCCUGAAAUUGCAAACAUUACUCGCUUGACCUAUCCCUAUCUCACGGAUCACGAAUCUACCCUCCAACGCUCGCCGACUCAUGGCCUUGCACACAGAGUCUUUUGGUGGGACCAUCGAGUUCCGGAACUUGAAUCGGACGAUUUAAAGUCACACGCUAAUUUGCACGAGGUUGAGAUGGUUGCCUCUCUUGUCGAACAUCUGCUUCACAGUGGUGCGUAUUCGCAAGGAGAAAUUGCAGUCUUGACUCCAUAUGCGGGCCAGCUGGUGAAACUCUACAAGCGGCUAGCAACAAACUGCAAUUUAUGGCUUUACGAAAAAGACAGAGAAGCAUUACUUAGUGACGAGGCUCUUAGCCUGGGUGACGAAAGAAGGGCUACCAAGGACGAAGUUGCGAUCGCCGACAUGCUCAGGAUCGCAACUGUUGACAACUUUCAAGGUGAAGAGGCGAGGGUUAUCAUACUCAGCACGGUCCGAAGCGGAGGUAAUCCCGGCUUCUUGAAGACAUUGAAUCGCAUCAACGUCGCGUGCAGCAGGGCUCGUAACGGCUUUUACAUUGUGGGCAACUCCCAGACCUUGUCUCAAGUACCCAGGUGGAGGGAAGUCAUCAAAGCUCUCGAUGGAAAGAUCGGAGGUUCAAUAAAGACUUUCAAAGCGUCCCAGAAUGCGCAGCGCCUUGCGGCAUGGCUUUACCCUGCGGUCACGUAUGCAAAGAGAGAUGUCACCCACCUCAGCUCCAUUCCCGCCUAUCCUGUCAAGAGAAAUGUACCAGGAUCUUCCAACCGUGCGGACACAAGUGUGAAAAACUGUGUUUUCAGAAAUGCGGAAAGUGCACGACUACCAUCGACGAAGUUACCCUCAGCUGCGGACAUCCUGGAAAGAGCCUCUGCUCAGGAGACACUCCUGAGUGCAAGACCGUCAUAG